AUGAAUGUCGAAUCUAGCGACAGACAAAGGCAAGACUGGCCUCAGCGACAACACAGUCCUGUCGAGCGUCUGACUAACAAGCAAUGCAGAGCUGCGCUGCCGCCCAUCAAGCUGCUCGACAUUGAUAAAAUAAAGCGCGAAGAAGCAGAAUAUCAGGCCCGUGGCACAACCUUUAACAUGGCGCCUUCUUCUGUAAACAGCCCGACCAUUGCCUACCCCUCGGGUCCCCCACCUCCUUACAGUCGUCCCUCUUACCCAGAUGCUCGCACUUCCCCGGAAGCCCGUCGUCACUCGGUCGAGGACUCGUCCAAACAAGGAAACAAACAGUCUCUGCCCUCGAUCCACGAGGCUCUCGGCGUAGAACAGCGCGCUUCCUACCCUCCUACCGCUCACAGACCCUACUCGUCAGCCCCUCAGUCUGCAUACCGCGCUCCCGCCACUGCAUCUGCACCCGCGCCUGCCUCGCCUGUCUCUGCCAGAAGGUCUUUUGCUGCCAUGGAUCCCCCUCCCCCACCGCAACCCGUUGUCUUCACCCACGGACCUCGUAGCCCUUAUGCACAGCCUCAGCACGAGAUUAGCCCUCGCCAGAUGCCCGAGCAGCAAGAGCGACAACGUUCGGCCUACGCGCCUCAGCCACCCGUAUCACGCCCUGGACAGUCUCCUCUGGCUCAUCAAUCGCAAUACCCGCGCUCCUACCCCGCUACUGGACCCUCGCCCUCCCACGAGAGGACUGCCUCUCACCCUCUGAGUAUGCCACCCGUUGCUCCUCCACCAGCAAUUCAACACCCUCUUCCAUACGGAUAUGCUCCUGCCCCUGCACCUGUUCAGGCUCCUUACCCGUCUCAUUACGCCUACCCCGCGUCGGCCUCUCACUCAGCAGCGACUACUUCGUCCAUCUACCAGCCAUCGAUCGUGCAACCCGCUCCCCCUCAACACAGUGAACCAGGAAGAGGUCCAUUUGGAGAAUCGGUAAAACGCCAUCUGGACAUGUGGGACUUUGGUGAAGCGCUUAACGAGAUUGCCGAAUCCAGUAACUACAUGCUGGACUUUAGUAGACAAUGUGGCGCUCGUCUCCACCAGUCACAAAGAUCUGAACCUGCUCCUGGUACUCUACCCCAGUUACAAGAAAUUGAUCAUCUGAUGGAAAAGUCGCGUCGUCAACUCGACUGCUAUGCCAAGAUGAGAGAAUUCAUCAUCGCACAACAAACGGCCUACUUCCAACAAGCUCAAGAACAACAAUUUAGAGCACAAGAUGGCAUCAAACGCGACUCUGUUCACCAGUCAGAAGAGUCGAAGGCUGGCGGGUUCGCUGGUGCCGAAGCCAAGAAGCGUAGAGGACGCGCUGCUCCUCCUGGCAGAUGUCACAGCUGUAACAGAGCCGAAACGCCCGAAUGGCGUAGAGGUCCCGACGGUGCUCGUACCUUGUGCAAUGCAUGCGGUCUUCACUACGCCAAGCUGACAAGAAAAGCCGGAAAGAACGCAGCAGCAAUUUCCAGCUCCAAUCUUCGCCCCAAGACCUCUGAGGACGCGCAAAACUGA